CUUACGUGAAUGAGAGUGAGACAAACGGUAUCACACUUUCCUGUGUCAGUGUGGACUGAAUGGUAACGUCUUAGCUGUCUCCAUUUUGUUAAAACAACUGAUUAAUAUUUACCGUUUCUACUGGCUCGUAUAAGUCAUGGACAUACUGUAGAUUGAUCAGUAUGAAAGGAAUUUGGAGAAGGACCGUUUUAAAGGGUAUUCUAAACCAAGUUCGGGAGGAUUACGCGAAGUGCCGCUGCCGGAGACAUUGAGUCUUACAUAAACCUAAUGGGUCAUCUAAACGUGAAUAUGCUUCAUUCGGCAGAAAUCAAGAAAUUCAUCAUCAGCACUGACGUCGAUGUGUGAAAAUCAGCUUUCAACUUUUUCUUUCGUCGGUUGUUCACUUGUUUGGAGACUCAUGAUUCCAAAACAAACCCCAACGAACUCAUUUCAUUCUGGUUUGUUUUGAAGACACAUUUAAACGUUUGUCUCCUUUUUUACAUUACAACUGUACAUGAAAACAUUGCUAGAUGUGUUAGGUAUUGUUUUGUUAGAGGCUAGACAGUUUAUUUUAUUUUAUUUUAUUUUAUUUUAUUUUAUUUAUUUGCUUUACUGGGAAAUGAACCGUCAGUUAUUUAGGUGUUUUGGUGGGCCUAGCAGUGGUGAAAGGGAAAUUAAUAACGUUAGUGUUUAUAAACAUUUAGCCUUUGGUCUCAUGGUAAUUGAUUUUCGCCAGUAUUCCGAUCAUGUUGUGUUAAAGAUGGUGUUUUUGUGAAGUAACUUAAAUAGGACUAUAUUUGGUUAUUUUUAGCCUGGAUUCCACCAAAGCUUUAAACCCGAGCUCUAUACGUUGUACUUUUGCCCGCUUUCCUGAAAAUCAUUUGGAUUUUAUGCGGUGUAGCAGACAAUGGAUGCUGGGAUUCAAAACCACACCGAACAUUAUGUGCACGACCUCUCCAACCCGACCGCACCGGGAUUGUGUGUGGAAAUGCUCGGGGUUGCGGACGAGGCUUGCCGGGCUGGAGACUUCGAUCUGGCCGCGGAGAUCUAUACCUCUCAGCUCGCCGAGCUCGAGCACACCGACCGUGGCCUCUGCCUGCGGAAAGCUGACGCUCUAGCCCGUGGGGGACGCAUAGCCGAUGCGCUGGACUCGUAUUGCAUCGCUGCAAACCUCCAGGCAUUGAGACCUGAUGAAUUGCAGAUUUUAGUUGAAGUUAUAGCACAUACGAUCCGCACUAAAGAGCAGAGUGACAGGAAGACAAUAAGCGGGGGCUCUACCUCAGAAAGCAGAUGUUUUGAGAGUGACGAGUUAGACGAUGAACAGAACUUAGACUUGUUUUCAUGCCGCGUUUGCAAGUGCUUAUUGACGGAACCGACGUCCUUGGUGUGUGGACACACUUUCUGUAAGCGCUGUCUGGAAGAUGACCUUACAAAAGAGUGCAGAAGCUGCCGUUUAAAACCCAACAAAUCACACAGAGAAAUUAGUUUGUGCGGACUCAGAGUAAAUGUUAUUGCCAGUGGCUUGAUUGAAAAAUGGUUCAGUUCGGAAAGCAAAGCGAGACGAUACUGGUUGGAAGGGGAAGGUCUUUGGAAAAAACAGGACGUAUCCAACGCAAUACUGAAGUUCAACAAGGCGAUUGAACUAGAGCCCUGUAUAUGUCGGCUCCUGGCUCGGCGGGCAGAGCUGCUUAUGGAAAUGAAGAAUUUUGGCCAAGCCAUUAAGGAUUGGGACACCAUGUGCCGACUCCGUCCCCAGUGGCCAAAGGCUCACUACAUUAAGGCUACAGCGUUUAGGAGCGCUGGCCGCAAUGAGGAGGCUCUACAAGAAUAUUUCUACUGUUUGGCUCUGAAAUCUGACUGGAUCGCUGUAAAACUGGAGGCCCAAAAGAUCCUGAGUCACAUGUUCUCUUCGGUCUUUGCAAAUAAUGGUCUGGCCACGUCCAUGCAGCCCCUUCCAGCUGGACCCAUCUCUCGUAUCAAACCUUCAUUCCUCCUCAGCUCUCUUCACUCCUCUCUUCCUAGAGAUGGAGCCAAAGCAGGCUGCUCCAAGGAACCAACACUCAGUUGCAGCAAGUUCAAAGAUGAGAACUUUUUUAUUUUACAAAGAUCUGAAAACGUAAAUUCUGUUGGCCUCAGUUCACUUUUUGAUAAACCAGUCCUAAAAAGGAAAUUGACAGAAGAUGCUAAGCCCUUUGAGCCGUCCAGCAAACAGCUUAAAGAAGAUAAGGCAUCUUCAUGUAAAACUCUCCCUACUUUUUCUGGGGAGAGGCAAGUACAAUCACAGCUUUUGGACAGUGCGGAUUUUGAAUGUUCUCUCUGCAUGAGGCUGUUUUAUGAGCCUGUCACCACACCCUGUGGACACACAUUCUGCCUCAAGUGUUUGGAGCGCUGUUUGGACCACAACCCUAACUGUCCCCUGUGCAAGGAGAAUCUCUCAGAGUAUCUGGCCACUAGAGCGUACAACAAAACUCUUCUAAUAGAAAAAUUAUUGCAGCGCUUCUUUUGUGAUGAGCUAGCAGAAAGGCGAAAAGUACAUGAAGAAGAGAUGAAAGAAUUGUCAAACUUGAACCAGGAAGUGCCCAUCUUUGUUUGCACUAUGGCAUUUCCUACUGUUCCCUGCCCACUGCAUGUUUUUGAGCCUCGGUACAGGCUUAUGAUUCGCAGAUCUAUGGAAACAGGAACCAAACAGUUUGGGAUGUGCAUUGCUGAUGAACUAAAAGGGUUUGCAGACCACGGCUGUAUGCUGGAGGUGAGGGAUGUCAAGUUUUUUCCUGAUGGACGCUCUGUGGUGGACACCAUAGGCAUUGCUCGUUUCAGAGUGGUCACUCAUGGCCAAAGAGAUGGAUACCACACAGCCAAGAUUGAAUAUUUGGAGGAUAAAAAGGUUGAAGGAGAGGAUUUAACUGAGCUCCUGAAGUUGCAUGACUCUGUGUAUGAUCAGGCUUUGGGCUGGUUCACCUCCCUUAAAGAUGAUAUGAAGAACCAAAUCAUCAGCCACUUUGGGCAGCUGCCUGUCAAAGACCCUGACCCACAGGAUAAUCCCAAUGGUCCUGCGUGGUGUUGGUGGCUGUUGGCUGUGCUACCGCUGGAAAACAAAGCCCAGCUGACCAUCCUCGCCUUGAACGCUCUUAAGGAUCGGCUGAUCGCCAUCCGCAGGGUCCUCAUUUUUGUAACUCGCAAGCGCCCUCGAUAAUAAAUGAGGUCUUGGUCUAAAUGAGAUUAUUAACAUCAACCCUUAGCUUGGGAAUGCUGAUUCAGGCUGGGGUCACUGAGGUUUCUUCUAGCGGCCAUCUUGGUCUGUCAUUGCAGCACGCAACCCUCACCAGUUAGCCAGCUGUGACCAAUGUUGGGGAAAGUUACUUUUAAAAGUAAUGCAUUACAAUAUUGCAUUACUCCCUAAAAAAGUAA